CCUGGCAGGCGGAAAAUUAUAUCGGGCAGCAUGGCCCCGACCGCAGCUUCCCGGUGGCAGCACCGACUACUUCUCACAGCAUUUUUGGUCGUCGUAUUAUCGCAGCUAUGCCACGGAGCCGAUUUGGUGAUCGAGAUCCCCGGCAACCAGGGGCUGGACGAUUCGUUCUACCGGCUCGACUACUACCCACCGAUCGGCAACCCGACGCCUAACACGACGAUCGCGUCGCGGGAUGUUGGCGACGAGAUCCAGUUCUCCAACGGGCUGCCCGGCACGCGCUACAACUUCUGGCUGUACUACACCAACUCAACGCACAAGGACUGGCUGACGUGGACGGUGUCGAUUACGACGGCGCCGGAUCCGCCGGCCAACCUCACCGUCAUCCCGCGCAGCGGCAAGAACGUCAUCAUCAACUGGAGCCCGCCCGCCCAGGGCAACUUCUCGUCGUUCAAGCUGAAGAUCCUCGGCCUGUCGGACAACUUCGCCACCAACCAGACGGUCGCGAUCGAGGAAAAUCAGUUCCAGUAUCAGGUGCGCGACCUGACACCCGGCGCCACCUACCAGGUGCAGGCGUACACGCUGUACGAUGGCAAGGAAUCGGUGGCCUACACGAGCCGCAACUUCACCACGAAACCAAACACGCCCGGCAAGUUCAUCGUGUGGUUCCGCAAUGAGACCACCCUGCUGGUGCUUUGGCAACCCCCGUACCCGGCCGGCAUCUACACCCACUACAAGGUAUCGAUCGAGCCGCCCGACGCGCUCGGCAGCGUGCUUUACGUGCAGAAGGAGGGUGAACCUCCCGGACCGGCGCAGGCGGCAUUCAAGGGACUCGUGCCGGGCCGCGCGUACAACAUCUCCGUGCAAACGAUGUCCGAGGAUGAAAUUUCCCUGCCGACCACGGCCCAAUACCGGACGGUGCCGUUGCGCCCGAUGAACGUAACGUUCGACAAGAAGUCCAUCUCGGAGAACUCCUUCAAGGUGAUGUGGGAAGCACCGAAGGGCACCAGCGAGUUCGACAAGUACCAGGUGUCACUGUCGACCUCCCGCCGGCAGCAGGCUGUCCUGCGGAACGACAACGAAAACAUGGCCUGGCUCGAGUUCAAGGACAAUCUUGAUCCGGGCAAGACGUACCAGGUGGUGGUGAAGACCGUCUCUGGCAAGGUGACGUCCUGGCCGGCUAGUGGCGAUGUGACGCUGAAACCACUCCCGGUCAAGCAGGUCCAGUCGGCCACCGAUAGCAAGACGGGUGUGAUCACCAUCUCGUGGCAACCGGACGAUACGAGUACGCAGGACGAGUACCGGGUCAGCUACCACGAGCUGGAGACAAACAAUGGUGACUCGAGCACGAUGAGCACAAACCAAACGUCGUUCCAGCUGGAAACGCUGCUGCCCGGCCGGAACUACUCCGUCACGGUGCAGGCGCUCUCGAGAAAGAUGGAGUCGAACGAGACGGUAAUCUUCGUGGUGACGCGACCGUCGUCGCCAAUCAUCGAGGAUCUGAAGUCGAUCCGCGAGGGUCUCAACAUCAGCUGGAAGAGCGACGUUAACUCGAAGCAAGACAAGUACGAGGUGACGUACACCCGCAACGAUACCAACGAUGGCAAGACGGUGCUGACCACCGAGAGCCGGUUGGUGUUCACGAAUCUCUAUCCGGGUGCCGGCUACGAGGUGAAGGUGUUCGCCGUCAGUCACGGACUGCGCAGUGAACCGCACUCCUACUUCCAGGCUGUCUAUCCAAACCCACCGCGAAACAUGACAAUCGAAAAGGUGACGAGCAACUCGGUACUCGUACACUGGAAACCACCGGAGCGGUCUGAGUUCACCGAAUACUCGAUUCGGUAUCGGACGGAAAGCGAGAAGCAGUGGAUCCGACUGCCUUCGGUCAAGGCCACCGAAGCGGACGUUACCGAUAUGACGCCGGGCGAGAAGUACACCAUUCAGGUGAACACGGUCAGCUAUGGUGUGGAGAGCCCCAACCCUCAGCAGGUCAAUCAGACGGUGCGACCGAACCCGGUCUCGAAUAUUGCGCCGCUCGUCGACUCGAACAACAUUACGCUCGAGUUCCCGCGUCCGGAAGGUCGUGUCGAGACGUACAUCAUACACUGGUGGCCGACGGAGCAACCGGAGCAGGUGUCGAUGAAGAACUUUACCGAAUCGAAUACAAAGCCACCGCUGGUGCGUCUGUUGAUCGGUGACCUGAUGUCCGGUGUGAUGUAUAACUUUAAAAUUCAAACCAUUUCCUACGGGUUGACGAGCGAUGUGACCAAACUGCAAACGCGCACAAUGCCGCUGAUCCAGUCGGAGGUGGUAAUCGUCAACAACAUGCACACCCGCGACACGGUCACGCUGAGCUACACGCCAACGCCGCAGCAAUCGUCCAAGUUCGAUCUAUACCGGUUUUCGCUGGGCGACCCCACCAUCCCGGACAAGGAAAAGCUUGCAAACGACACCGACCGGAAGGUCACCUUUACCGGUUUAACUCCGGGCAAGCUGUACAACAUCACGGUGUGGACGGUGAGCGGUAAGGUGUCGAGUCAACCGAUCCAGCGCCAGGAUCGAAUGUUCCCGGAUCCGAUCACGCGGCUCGAGGCGACCAACAUCAACGACACCUGGAUCGACCUGAAGUGGGACAUCCCCAAGGGAGAGUACACCUCGUUCGAGGUGCAGUACCUGAUGAACGAUACGCACUACGUGCAGAACUACACGGUCAACAAUCACAUCACCAUCACGGAUCUGAAACCGCACCGUAACUACACCAUCACGGUGGUCGUACGUUCCGGGACGGAGUCGAGCGUGCUGCGGGUCAGCUUACCCGUUUCGUCCAACUUCCAGACCAAGGAAGCCCUCCCGGGACGGAUGGAUAAGUUCGCCCCGAUCGAUAUUCAGCCGAGCGAGAUCACCUUCGAGUGGUCGCUGCCACCCAACGAGCAGAAUGGAAUUAUCCGUCAGUUUACGAUCACGUACGGACUUGACGGGUCCCAGCACACACAGGUGAAGGACUUCCGGCCGAACGAGCUGCGCGGGUCGAUCAAGGGACUGCAGCCGGGCAAGUCGUACGUUUUCCGUAUUCAAGCGAAGACUGCCAUCGGCUACGGACCGGAGCACAUCUGGAAGCAGAAAAUGCCUAUUCUAGCUCCGCCUAAACCCGAGACGCAGGUAGUCCCGACAGAGGUGGGCAGCACGGCGACGACGAUCGAGAUCCGCUUCCGGAAGCACUACUUCAGCGACCAGAACGGUGUCGUUACGACAUACACGAUCAUCAUCGCCGAAGACGACUCGAAGAACGCUUCCGGGUUGGAGAUGCCCAGCUGGCGCGACGUCCAGUCGUACAGCGUGUGGCCACCGUACCAGGUGAUCGAACCGUACUACCCGUUCAAGAAUAGCUCCGUGGAGGACUUUACCAUCGGCACGGAGAACUGCGACGCGAAGAAGACGGGAUACUGCAAUGGACCGUUGAAGUCGGGCACGGUCUACAAGGUGAAAGUGCGUGCCUUCACCGCUCCGGACAAGUUCACCGAUACGGCCUACAGCUAUUCGAUCCGCACAGCCCAAGACAACACAUCGCUCAUCGUGUCCAUCACUGUGCCAUUGCUAAUUAUCCUAAUCCUGGUGGGUGUAGUGCUGUUCCUACGCCGACGUCGACACACGGGCCGCAAAACCACCGAGCAACGCACCAACGACAAUAUGUCCCUGCCGGACAGCACCAUCGAAACGAGCCGUCCAGUUCUGGUGAAGAAUUUUGCCGAACACUAUCGCAUGAUGUCCGCUGAUUCCGAUUUUAGAUUUAGUGAAGAGUUCGAAGAACUGAAGCAUGUGGGCCGGGAUCAACCGUGCACAUUCGCGGACCUACCGUGCAAUAGGCCUAAGAAUCGUUUUACGAACAUUUUACCAUAUGACCAUUCCCGGUUUAAGCUUCAACCGGUUGACGACGAGGAAGGAUCUGAUUACAUUAACGCGAACUACGUACCGGGCCACAACUCACCCCGGGAGUUCAUUGUGACGCAAGGUCCGCUGCAUUCGACGCGGGACGAUUUCUGGCGCAUGUGCUGGGAAAGCAACUCGCGUGCGAUCGUCAUGCUGACGCGAACCUUUGAGAAAGGUCGCGAGAAAUGUGACCACUAUUGGCCGCACGACACCGUUCCGGUGUACUAUGGUGACAUCAAGGUGACGCUACUGAACGACAGCCAUUAUCCCGACUGGGUCAUAACGGAGUUUAUGAUGACGAGGGGAGAGCAACAGCGCAUCAUACGCCACUUCCACUUCACGACAUGGCCCGACUUUGGCGUGCCAAACCCUCCUCAGACGCUGGCACGGUUCGUACGAGCCUUCCGGGAGCGCGUCGGACCCGACCAGCGGCCGAUUGUGGUGCACUGUAGUGCCGGCGUCGGCCGUUCCGGCACCUUCAUCACGCUGGAUAGAAUAUUGCAGCAAAUACAGGUGUCCGACUAUGUCGACAUCUUCGGCAUCGUCUGGGCAAUGCGAAAAGAACGUGUCUGGAUGGUUCAAACAGAGCAGCAAUAUAUCUGCAUCCAUCAGUGUCUGCUGGUCGUGCUCGAGGGCAAGGAAGGCACGGAGCGUGAAAUUCACGACAAUCAAGGCUACGAAGAACCGCGAGAUGACGAUCAACAGUCCGAGGAACAGUUGCUGAUCGAAAACCGUUCCGAUGACGAUCUAGAUGAAGGAACGACUGUGAAGGAACAGGAAGCCGCCGUGGUGCUAGAAAAUGCCGAACUCGACCGACGGCGGAGUGUAGCGUCCUGCAAUGCCGGAUCAGGAGAAGCUUCUUCAGCCGGUGGGGAUAUGGGUAAGCAGCAACAACGAAGCUACACUGCCGCGGGAGAAACCACCGAGGAGGAGUUACUGGACGACGAGGAAGAGGUGGAAGUGACCGUCGAUGGGUUGAUGAUCGUGUCGAAGGUUGUAUCGACGCAGCACUCCACCGUUGGUUCGGAUGGACAACAACAGCACUCACACAGUAAUUCCAGCAACACGCACGAUCGCGAUCAGCCAUCGUCGGGAAUGGACGAACGAUCGAUCGGAAGCAGCGGCACCACGAGCAACACCAGCGCCAACAGUGGCUAUGAGUCGAGCCCGUGCAAGCGGCGUUCGAUGAACGGUGGCUCCGGUCAUCCGGAACAGGCGGUGCACGAUCGACGUUCACUGACGUUUUCCUGCGGUGGUGAAGUCGUUGCCAAGCCGGAGCAACUUAAUGGCCUAUCCGAUCAGCAUCGUCUACAGCAGCAGCAGCACCAGCACCAGCAGCAACAACAUCAGCAACAGGCACCUCACCAAGUUCAAGCUCCCGCGCAGCAACCGGCGGCCCAUCAGGCAACGCUCGCCGGCGGAGGGAAAAUGUGGAAGGAGGAAAGAUGACAGUUGGAGAACGAUAGCGACAAUCGAAGCAGCGGCCGCAGUAGCAUCGUGAUCGCUAUCAACGACGGCGAUAGCCAUGUAAAUAGCAACGCCUCGAACGUCGUCAUCUUGCGCGCGGACAACGACGCGGACGACGAUCGGACGAUG